CUUAUUUGUGUCACUCCCUGUUUUCUCUUUCUUUUCCUUUUCCACCCAAAAUAUGUCAUUAGUUCCAUGCUGAACCCAAUAUUCUCGUGCUUAUAUAAACAGCAAACAAGCAAACAAUCAAAUAAGUUAAUCUUAAUUCACUCGUCUCUCACACACACAUACACAUACUUGACCAACACAAAUCACAUGAACACCACACCUUAAUUAAGAGUCCUCGGUCUGAAAAAUGAUCGUCUCCACGUUUCUUGCUCUUGUCCUAGCAACUUUCAUUCAUUUAUGCAAUUCUUUAAUCAUUAAACCACAAAAAUUACGCAAAUUAUUGAGGCAACAAGGGAUUGAUGGGCCUCGUCCAAAAUUCAUCGUUGGCAACAUAAUCGAGAUCAAGAGAUCUCGACAAGCUGCCGAACGGGCCGCCGUUGCUCACCCUCACCCGUCGCUCGUCCAUAACACGGCCUCGGUUUUCCCUUUUCUCGAGCAAUGGAGAGAACAAUAUGGUCCAUUGUACAUGUUUAGUCUUGGAAAAAUACAAGUAUUGUGCGUGAAUUCUCCAGAUUUGGUGAAGGAGAUAACAACGUGCACGUCACUUGAUUUUGGGAGGCCUUCGUAUCAGCAAAAGGAUCUUGGACCUUUGCUCGGACAGGGAAUUUUGACUUCUAAUGGACUUGUUUGGGCACGCCAGAGGAAAAUCAUGGCACCUGAGUUGUUCAUGGACAAAAUCAAGGGAAUGAUGAGCAUGAUUAGGGAUUCAGCCAUGUCGCUGGUAGAUUCAUGGAAGCAUGAAACUGAGGCUUGUGAAGGUGGAAUUAUUGAUAUCGCCAUUGACGAUUACAUGAAGAAAUUUUCUGGGGACGUAAUAUCUAGAGCUUGUUUUGGUAGUAGUUAUUCAAAAGGGCAACACAUUUUCUUGAAAUUUGAUGCACUUCAAAAGUUGAUUUUCAACAAAACGCUGUCCACUGCUGGAAUUCCAGGGCUGAGAUACCUUCCCACAAAAACCAACAAACAAAUGUGGGCACUAGAGCGAGAAAUCGGGGCAUUAAUCUUGCAAGUAGUGAAACAAAAGCAAGAAGCAGGAUACAAGAAAGAUCUACUGCAGAGUCUUCUGGAAGGUGCUAGAAGCUGUUACACCACCUCGGCUGCUAUCGACCGGUUUAUUAUUGACAAUUGCCGAAACAUUUACUUGGCCGGUUUUGAAACAUCAGCCGUGUCAGCCUCUUGGUGUCUCAUGUUGUUGGCAUCAAACCCUGAAUGGCAGACACGUGUCAGACUUGAGAUUGACCAAGUCUCUCAUGGUCGGGUCCCGGACCUGGACAUGCUCCGAAAGAUGAAACAGUUGCACAUGGUAAUUCAAGAAACAAUGCGACUUUACCCGCCGACCCCAACGCUAUCCCGGGAAACAUUGAAAGACAUGAAAAUAGGUGAUUUACGGGUCCCAAAGGGAGUUAACGUUUGGACAAUGGUGGCGACCCUGCACACGGACACAGCUAUCUGGGGGCCAGAUGCCCUCGAGUUCAAGCCCCAGAGGUUCGAGAACGGGAUUGCGGGCGCGUGUGCAAGUCCGAGCUCAUACAUGCCAUUCGGUUUCGGGCAGCGGGUAUGUCUCGGGCAGCACCUGGCCAUGGUCGAGCUCAAGCUGCUAAUAUCCCUUCUACUGUCAAACUUCUCGUUCGAGCUCUCACCUAAUUAUGUCCACUCGCCUGUUAUGAGAAUGAUGAUUGAACCUAAAUAUGGUGUUCGACUUCUGGUUAGAAAGGUGUGACAUGGAAUGAUCACUGAUUCACUACAUCAAAUGAAUUAUGAUAAACAAAAUGCCAAAAAGAAGAACAAAAAAAAUUU